AUGUACCUCGCCGCCGCCGCUAGCUACAAAGACCACCCAGUGGUAGCCUCGCACUCCCGUCUCCAGUGGCCUGCUCCCGCCUUCGGCGACCUCAACUCUCGGCCCACCGCGCCCGUCUACCUAGCACCGCCGCCAACCAGAACCUCCGGCACGGCCCAGUCACCGCCAGGCACCAUGCGGAGCCCAGUUAGUUGUCGGGACCCUGCCACACUGCACAUGCGCAGACCUCCAUAUGCACUACCAGAAUGCCACGUCACUGCGCCACGUCAUCUGUAUGGUAGCACAAUCAUCUGCCCAGUCAGCAGUCCAUACAGUACAGAUGCCCAGUCAGCAGGGAGGCAAAGUUCUCCGGAUAUUGAAGGAGCAACGGAACUCCGUGGGCCAGAAGAUUUUGACUUCAAGAUACUGAAAAAGGCAACUAACGAUUUUGAUCAAGCAAAUAAGCUUGGAGAAGGAGGGUUUGGUGAAGUAUUUAAGGGUACGUUGAAAAGUGGCAAAGUUGUGGCUGUUAAGAAGCUGACAUUAGGUCACUCUGCCCGUGCAAUUUCUGAAUUCGAAAGCGAAGUGAGACUCAUUUCCAAUGUUCAUCACAGAAAUCUUGUGCGUUUAGUCGGAUGUUGCAGACAAGGCCAAGAAAGGCUCCUGAUUUAUGAGUACAUGCCCAAUACCAGCCUUGACAGAAUAUUAUUUGGAAAAAAUAAAAGACUUCUGAGUUGGAAGGAAAGGUUCAACAUUAUCCUGGGCACUGCUCGUGGUCUGGCCUAUCUCCAUGAGGAAUUCCAUGUCUGUAUCAUCCAUCGUGAUAUUAAAUCAAGCAAUAUAUUACUUGACAACAACUUUCAGGCGAAAAUAGCAGAUUUUGGGCUGGCAAGACUUCUUCCAAAUGAUAAAACUCAUGUUAGCACAAGAUUUGCAGGAACACUAGGAUACACAGCUCCUGAAUACGCUAACCGUGGGCAAUUAACAGAGAAAGCUGACACCUAUAGCUUUGGUGUGGUGGUUCUUGAAAUUGUCAGUGGUAGAAAAACCAUUGACUUGAAGCAACCACCUCAUAUGCAGUAUCUUCUUCAAUGGGUUUGGAGCCUAUACGAAGAUAACAAGGUUUUAGAGGUGGUAGAAUGUGAAAAGGAGAUGGAAGGGUAUAGCGAAGAAGAGGUUUUAAGGGUGAUAAACCUUGCGCUUCUAUGCAUACAAGCUUCCAUCAGACAAAGACCAUCAAUGUCUGAGGUUGUGACAAUACUGUUAUCUAACGAUGAGAUUGAAUUUCAAAAACUUCUACAACCAUCAUUUGUAGACAUGGGUAACAAAGCAAAUGGACAAUGUUCCAAUUCUGGCACAUCUUCAUCUCAACCUAAUGCAACGAUUACAGAAUCCCUUAAUGCUCUUUAA